AUGCAAACGCUGCCCCAUCCUGCCGCAUCCUUCCCUCCUCCCUCCUCCGCCGCCGCCGCAACCGCCACAACCGCCGCACUCCACACCGCCCUAACCACCGCCACCACCCCGGCACAGCUCAAACAAGUCCACGCCCAGAUCCUCCGCCGCACCAACCUCAGCCACCCCUCCGCCGCGCCCCUCCUCGUCCACCUCCUCCUCUCCUCCCCGAGCCUCGGUUAUGCCCUCUCCGUCUUCCGCCACGUCCCCGAGUCCUCGAAAACCCGGGUCCUCAACAAGUUCCUGCGGGAGCUGUCCCGGGGCGACCGGCCCGGGGAUGCCCUCGUUGUGUUUGACGAAAUGUGGAGGGAGGGUGUUGUUUUGGAUAGGUUCAGCUUCCCUCCCCUGCUCAAGGCGGGCUCGAAAGAGGUGGGAUUAGUUGAAGGGUCGGAGAUUCAUGGGUUGGUCGUUAAGUUGGGGUACGGCGGUGAUCCUUUUGUGCAGACCGCUUUGGUCCGUAUGUAUGCCGCGGGUGGGCGGAUUGUGGAUGCGCGUUUGCUGUUCGAUACAAUGUCGCAGCGAGAUGUGGUUUCUUGGAGCAUUAUGAUUGAUGGAUUCUGUCAGAAUGGCCUCUUUGAUGAAGCAAUGUCUCUGUUUGAAGAAAUGCGGAGGUCUAACGUGGAACCAGACAAGAUGAUUCUUUCUAGCAUACUUUCAGCUUGUGGUCGGGCCGGUAAUUUAAGCUAUGGAAAGAAGAUCCAUGAUUACAUCACUGAGAAUAAUGUCAUACUGGAUCCCCAUAUAUGGAGUGCCCUCAUCAGCAUGUAUGCAAGUUCUGGUUGCAUGGAUUUGGCUCAAGAGCUUUUUGACAGCAUGUCUCCUAAGAAUUUAGUUGUUUCAACUGCCAUGAUAUCGUGGUAUUCCAAAGUUGGAAAAAUUGAGAAUGCACGGCUCAUUUUUGACCAGCUGGAUGAAAAAGACUUGGUCUGUUGGAGUGCAAUGAUCUCUGGCUAUGCUGAGAGUGAUCAACCUCAGGAAGCUCUCACUUUGUUUAAGAAGAUGCAGAUGUGGGGAAUAAAACCUGAUCAGGUCACAAUCCUUAGUGCUCUAUCUGCAUGUGCUCAUCUUGGUGCAUUAGAUCAAGGCAGAUGGAUGCAUAAGUAUGUCAAUGAAAAUGGAUUUGGAGAAGCUCUGCCUGUCAAGAAUGCCCUUAUCGAUAUGUAUGCCAAAUGUGGUAGCUUGGAGAGAGCGCAAGUUUUUGAGAAAACUUCUAGCAAAAAUGUGAUCUCUUGGACCACUAUGAUCAAUUCUUUUGCGAUGCAUGGGGAUGCGAAUAAUGUCUUGAGGUUCUUUUAUCAAAUGAAAGAAGAAAAUGUCAAGCCUAAUGAGAUAACAUUUAUUGGUGUGCUUUAUGCUUGCAGCCAUGCUGGGUUGGUUGAGAAGGGCCAGGAAAUCUUCUCAUCCAUGGUUAGUGAACACAAUCUCAAACCAAAACAUGAGCAUUAUGGUUGUAUGGUAGACCUCUUUGGGCGUGCUGGUCUAUUGAGGGAAGCUCUGGAGGUUAUAGAGACAAUGCCUCUGGCUCCUAAUGUUGUCAUAUGGGGUUCCUUGAUGGCCGCUUGUCGGGUUCACGGUGAGGACAAACUAGGAGAAUUUGCCGCCAAGCAGCUCCUCAAGCUGGAGCCAGAUCAUGAUGGAGCUCACGUAGUCUUAUCGAAUAUCUAUGCAAAACACAGAAGAUGGCAAGAUGUCGGUGAGUUGAGGCAAUUAAUGAGACAGAGGGGCGUAUUCAAGGCGAGGGGAUGGAGUAGGAUUGAACUAAACAAUGAGGUACACCAGUUUGCAAUGGCUGAUCGGGAUCACAAUCAAGCGGAUCAAAUCUAUGUGAAAUUAGAUGAGGUGGUUAGAGAGUUGAAGCUUGUUGGCUAUGCUCCUAGUGCCCAUUGUGUUUUGGUUGAUGUAGAGGAUGAAGAUAAGAGUGAAGUGGUACUUUGGCAUAGUGAGAAAUUGGCAGUUUGCUAUGGCUUGUUGAUUGAAAGAACAGGAUCAUGCAUCCGCAUAAUAAAGAACCUCAGGAUAUGUGAGGACUGUCAUACUUUUAUGAAACUAAUCUCGAAGGAAUACAGAAGAGAAAUCAUUGUGAGAGAUAGGACUAGGUUUCACCAUUUUAAAGAUGGCAUUUGCUCUUGUAGAGACUAUUGGUGAUUGUACUUUCCUAUCUUUUCCUUCCAAUAUUAAAUCGAAAUCCUAAAUUCUACUGUAGUUGUUUGUCUGUAAAGAAAACAUUCAUGUAGAAUGCUGUUCUGUAAUUCCAAAA